UGCUCUUCACUUCAGUGGGGAAAUUAUUGUAACUUCUACUACUGAACCAAAAUGGUUGCUGUUCGUGAUUUUGAGAUUUCGUGUUUUGUAUUUUAAUUAUUUAUUUAUCAUAAUUAUCUGAUAGUUUAGUCAUUUAAGCAUUUCCAACUCUUUUAAGUUAAAUCUAAUGAAUUAUUUUUCUUAUUCCAAUCUUGCGAAGUGGCAUGCUGAGUAAAAUGUAGGGUAUCCAUCUUCCAGAAGUGGUUUACAUUAGUCUGUGUAAAUUACAUUAGUUUAAAAAUUUUUGUUGAAAUCACAUGUUAUUCACACGACAGAACACUCCAAAAAUGAAGAAACUAUUUUCUAAAAUCGACAAUACUGCUAAGGAGCCUAAUAGUUAUGUAGGGAAGGCCUUCACUGUGGGAAGGAUGACUGUUACUGUUGAAGAUGUUUUGGCUGAAGGAGGUUUUGCUGUAGUGUUUCUGGUAAAGGGGAGCAACAACAAGAGGUUCGCACUGAAACGCAUGUAUGUCAACAAUGAUCAUGACUUAAACAUCGCUAAGCGGGAAAUCCAGAUCGCUAGCAACCUGAGCGGACACAAGAAUAUUAUCGGCUAUGUGGACUCUAGUAUCACUCCUACAGCCAAUGGUGUGUAUGAGGUUUUACUGUUGAUGCCGUACUGUCGCACUCAUGUACUGCAGAUGAUGAAUGCCAAAUUACAAUCAGGAUUUACGGAGGCGGAAGUACUUCAGAUAUUCUGUGAUGUGUGUGACGCUGUGUCCAGGCUACAUCACUGUCAGACUCCCAUUAUACACAGGGACCUUAAGGUGGAGAACAUUCUAUUGAGUGACAGUGGCAGUUACGUCCUUUGUGACUUUGGCUCGGCCACAGGGAAAGUGCUGAACAGUUCCAGUCAGGGUGCUCCAGCCGUACAAGAGGAGAUACAGAAGUACACAACACUAAGCUACCGUGCACCGGAGAUGGUGGACAUAUAUUCAGGCAAACCAAUCACCACUAAGGCAGAUAUCUGGGCACUGGGCUGUCUGCUAUACAAGCUGUGUUUCUUCUCCUUGCCGUUUGGUGAGAGUACACUGGCCAUUCAGAGUGGCACCUUCACCAUUCCUGACAACUCUAAGUUCUCCAAGGGGAUGCACUGCCUUAUCCGGUACAUGCUGGAACCAGACCCUGAGAAAAGGCCUGAUAUCUUCCAAGUUUCAUACGUAGCAUUCUCAUUGCAAGGAAAGGAAUGCCCAGUUCAAAAUUUAUAUAAAGUGCCAGUGCCAGUGUUGGACCAGUUGGUGUGUCCUCCUAUGGAGAGUGAAGCGGUUCGGAGACAACCACUCAAGUCCUCUACUAAACCUGCUAUCUCUACCCCUGCUGUUGUGGAAGGUACCAGCGUCACACCACGGCAGAGGCCCAAACGUGCCACAUCUGGUGGCAUCCCACCCCUUAUCGGAGCCUCCCCCACACCAUCUCGUCCCUUCCCCGCUCCCACCACUGUAAGCCCACCCCCAGCUACCGCUCUGCAGCCUCCUCCUCCACAACCCCCAGCCCUUGACUCCUCCGAGACUCUCUUUCCUUCUUCUGGUUACCCAGAUCCUUUCCGAGAAGAAGAGAAUGUAAAAAGGUCUCCACCCACUCAGUCUGUAUCUCAAUGUCCAAUAGUGGCUGAACCAUCCCCUCCUCUUUCACCCUCUGGCCACCAUCCCUCACACCGCCGCAACGUCAGUGAUACCUCAGCCUUCAAUAAGGUAUUUGCCAAUGAGACCAGUCAGUUCCUGGCCCCAUAUGACUCCAUGGUAAAGUCUCAGUCUGGGGCUAACACACCUCCGGAAGUGAACAUGGCUGUCACCCACAACAUCUCUACCUCACAUAGUGAACUACCUGUGGGCACUGCUGUGACUCCAGAGGGAAGGUCUCUGUCUGCAGCAGGUCCUCAAGGGUGGAACCCUUUUGAGGAUCCUCCCUUCAGUCAGAUGACAGAGGACCACAUCUUUGGAGCAGAAUUUGACCGGAUCAAGCGAGGCUCCCAAAGUAGUAUUUCAAAUGUGAAGAGUCGAGAAAGUCUGGUGAUGGCUGUUUCCAACAAUGAUGAUCCCUUUAUCUCAGCCCCUUUUACAUUACCUGUUUCACGUCAGAACUCAAAGUCAGGCAAAUCAUCAUCAGCGUCAAUCAUAGCAGAAGUGAAGAAGAGUCAUGCAGAGGAGUGGAGGAACUACCUCUCCACUAAUGGGCUGUGUAUCAGGCCUCAGGUUUCCGAAGACGUGGAACUGCCAGAGCCUCCACCACCUCCACCUCCAACAUCACCACCCUUUGUCCGGGCCCCCAUUGAAGAUCGCUCUAAGUACGAGAAGCUCACAUUCAAUGUUGAUGACAUCUCUUCUGACGACAGUGAUGAAAACCUUCAGAGUGACAGGAAGAAGGACAUCUCUCGGAAUGCCAAGCUAGAGAGGAGAAAAAAGGUAAUGUUGAAAGGUAGUCGCUUGAAAGGAGUAAGGAGAAGAAAAAACAGCAAGAGGUCAGGAGAGAUGAGUGGAGAUAUUUCUGAUGAUUCUAUUGGUUCUGCAAGCGAUCUAAGAGCAAGAGAGGAGGAAGAAGAAGAAGAUGAAGAGAAAGAAGAGAUGGGAGAGACAGAAACUAUCAAUGACAGCGUGUUGACUUGUGGAUCAUCUGCUUACCAUGCGGAAACAGAGAGCAUGGCACUGGAGGAAUCUAUUUCCAGGUGUCCUAGGGUUCCAGAGCUACCAGAAUCCGAGGGAGAUUUACUGUUUGUGGGCCAUUCUUACGGAGAGAAGCCUCUAUUAGCCGAUGAUGAGCUGGAUACUGAAGAUGAGAAUCACCCAUCAUCACCACCUCUACUGAUAAAUAUCCAAGAGGAGACGCCUCCCAAUGAUGUUUUUGCACUUGCCCCAUUUCAGAAACCAGAUUCAAAAAAGAAGGCGAAAAGGGAGACUAACAUCACACCUGACUCUCUGCUACAGCUGUCCACACCCUCUCCUCCGUUGCUGGUUGCAAUAUCUCCUGUUGUUGCUGAGGGCUCUCUGGUGGACCUCAGUGAUGACAGUAAUGAAGUUGCUCAAGAUGUUAAGGACUCAGGCUUUAACACUUUCUCAGGGGAUUAUGAUUCUAGUAAAACGUUUCCUAUUUUCCCACAAGAUACUGUAGCUCAUGAAGUAAUUAUUCCUGAUGAGAAAGAUUUGUUUGGGUCAUCUCCAUUUGCUAAGCAUAGUAACAACCCGUUCACAGAUAGUAGUGAGAUUAUUUCUACAAACAACGGACUGUACCACAAGACCUCCAUAAUCAUCAGAGACGGAGACACGAGGUUCAGCUCACUGGAGGAUCAGAACAGAGCGUUUGUGUAUAAUUCUUUACCUCGUGUUUCCAAUGUGUUUGUUUCAGCGACAGUUCCUACUAGGUCUGUAGAUAAGGACCUCUUUGGCUCUUUGCCAUUCGACAGUGUAUCAAAGAGUUCGGAUGCUAAGUACUUCCCCCAUAGGCCUACAACGCUACCUGUGAAUACAGACAACAUUUCGGGAGAAGUCACCAAUCAUCUCUCUCAACGAGUGGAGCAAUUAGGUCUGGAACUGAUGACGGAUACUUCAUCUCCGGAAGCACUUAUGUUGCCUGCUGAUUCUGACACCAACAGUACAUCUAAAGCUAAGAAAGAACAUCACAAAAUCCAUAGUUUGUCAGAAAAAUGUAAGUACCACUUGAUAGAAGAAAAGCAAAAGUCUCCACUUCAAGUGAAACACAAAACGAUAAAAUCCUCUGUAUCGAAAAAGACUGGUAAAAUAUCUAAGAAAAUUGGAAAAAUUUCUAAAACUGGCUUUAGUAACAUGAGUUUUGAAGAUUUUCCAAGCGACGAAGUUGAAGAAGCACUGGAUCAUUCAAGCUCAGUUCCUUUUGAAGUGUUGAGAGAUGAGAAGACUCCUGUUGAAGGCGAUCGCAAAUAUGGCUCAUUGAAAACACGAACAAACCCUUUCUCUUGAGUGCAGAAGUUGCGUGCGUCCACAACCUAUCGGGUGCUACACGCGUGCAAGUGACUCGUCAAACGCAAAACGCAACUGUUCGUCUGACAUUCCUCUUCACCUCACAAUCUCGCUGCUUCACCUUUAAGUCUACAGUUUACCUAUAAAAUAGCAGAAUCGUAGGCUUUGUAGUUUUUACCAGUAGUAUAAACUUCCAGAACCAAAAUGUUUUGUUGCAGAGAUAGAUAGUUUGGAGGAACACGGCGUUAUAUACAGUUUUAAUGCUAUAAGAAAAAUUAUUCCAAUGUUUAAAGUUUUUAACAAAAGCUUUAUACUAUAAUGUAUUUUUCUACUUGAUCGAGGUAAGAAUUAAUGUUGAGAUUGGAUAGGAUCCUAAAACAAAAUAAUUUUGUAUGCAAGUUUCUUCAGUUAUGCUUGAUUAAUUUUGAAGUUAAUAGACAUAUAUCAAUUAUGCAAUCAAGGAUGUGUUCACUGCCACAGAGGAAGCACUGGAAGAGAUACAUUUAAUUGUAGAAUAUUUUUAAUUGGCCUAAUUCUUACUGGUUUAAGGAAUACUUCACUUUAUGUAAAAUUUAAUACAUAUGCUUUUUAUAUAACCAUCAAGUCUUCCAAGACAGGUAUUUGUCAAAAACUUCUCAUUUUAAUUUUAAUGUAUAAGUUUCUAUUCUGUUUCCACCUAUAUUUCACAAAUUAUUAACUGCUAAUCUGAGAGAAAGUAUCUAGCCUAAAAUUUAAACUUUUAAGAUGACUCAUAAACAGAUUUUCUAAUGUUACUCAUCAGUGUCUAUAAUUUUGAGUGUAGAGUUUACUUGCAACUUUAAUAGUAUGUAAAGGAAAGUAUAUUUUGUUAUAUUGUAAAUAUAUAUAGAGUGUGUACAGGUUACAUUGGAGAAGGUUGUUAAGCAAUCGCACCAUAAUGCUGUGAUGUAGGUAGGAAGACUGAGUUGACAUAAGAAAUUUUCUCCCUUCCCUUUAAUCCACAGAGCCACACUAUUUUUAUGCAACAAUUAAUAUUUAAUGACAAUUCUUUUUAUUCCAUGUGAGAGUGUGUUAAAAUGGAUCAAUAAUUGUUAAUUUGGUAGUUUAUACUAAUUUCCACAAUUUUCUAAUUUUCCCUAUCUAAAAUAUAAUGAAUCCUAACCAAUUAAGUAACAAAGUGUUCUUAGCAGUUCUACUCUUUCAAUUUUUGUACUCUUAUCACCAACAGACAUGCCAUGUAGGCAUUUUGUUAAACAAACAUUGUACAACAAUAUUGCCAAUUUGUGUAAGCAAUUAAAAAAUGUGUAUUUAUUACUUAUCUGCUAUAAUUUUCGUACAAAAUAUAUGCUUUACAGUUUUUAUCUCAUAACAUGCAACAAAUUAACAAAGCAUUUUAGGGCAUUUAUACCAUAAAACGUGUAAUAUUGUUGAACCUCACCGAAUACCAUUUCAUUAAGUAUGGUCAGCUACAUUUUUUAUCUGGACAGAAUCUGUUUAAAAUAACUUAAUUAUUAGGUGAAACAUGGGUUGUUAUGUUUAAAAACUAAAGGGAUCAUGUUUUAUAAAUAUUUAGCAGAUUUAUAAUAUUGUUUAUAAAAAUAUAUUUCUUGUGAAUAUAGGCAUCAGUGAGAGUGGUACUCUAAAAUGUGUUCUGUUUUAGUUAAUAAAGUAUUAUAAAUAUUAUGACAGAAUGAAAAUUACUUUAACAAUAAUGAAUCGCUAAAUAUAUUUGUAAUCUAUUUUUUUUACUAAAUUUAAAAUUAAAAUUGAAAAAUGUAAAAAAAAACGCUUUUUAGACAUAUUGAUAGAUUGAAUUUUCAUAUUGCUAGCUCAGACAGUUACAUUUAUUUAAAUAGAUUUUAAGAAAAUAUUACAAAAUUAUCCAUAAUUUAGAGGGAUAUUUAAAAUUGUUACUUUCAAGUUAAUUAUCUUACAUAAAAAUUAAGCGUGUCACUAGCCUUCACAUGUAUUGUGAACACACUUUACACACUUGCAGCUUACAUCGGACAUUGCCACUGCCACAAAUUUAGAUCAUGCAAUUACUGAAGUAUUUUAAUUUUAAUCUUUCUCUGCUUACGUGUGUUCCAUGACAUACUUAACAUCACACCUGAUAUUUAUAACAUACUUAUAAUGCUCUUUUAGUUAUGAAGAAUAGAGAAUUUAAUUAGAUUGUAGGAGAGAAAAAGCAUGGUUAUACUACUGUACAUAAAUAUUUAUAAUUUGUGGCAGAUAAAAUAUUGUGGUGAAUGCGGUAUGCACCCAUUGUAUACAUCAAACAUGUCACGCAUGUUAAUUGUACAAACAUUUGACAACAAAAGUACUAAGAUAUAUAUAUAUAUAUAUUUAGAGCAACUAGAAACUAUGAGCAUAUCAGUUAAGUUUAUAGGUUGGUUUAUUCUCAACUAUAAUAUAAUGUUAAGUCUAACAGCUUACUUAUUCACUAUUGCUAAAAAGUCACUUUUGCCAAAGUACUGAUGUGCAUCUAUAACACAUGGAGAGAUUAUGCACCAAGUGCUGAUCAGUGCUCAGCACAGCAAACGCAACAUUCAAAUGUAAGAUAAUUAACUUUAUUGUAACAAAUUUUAAUACCCCUGUCAACUAUGCGUGUUCUUGUUCAGGAUUAUUAAUACAGAAUUGACUCUUUCUCCUGCCAAUAUCCCAUGGAACAGGAUCCGUGGAUGGCCUGAGAAGUAAUCAGUCUCAGCCAUUGUAAAAGGAGAGGAUGAUACUGUUUAGUGAAGGAAACAGGAUUUUUCCGGACAUUUGCCAUCGUUCACUGUUUAGGUUCGUACUUGUUGAAGUAGCAAGAGAGACAUGUCAACCCUGAAUAUGCUUGCUAAUAACUUGUGGCAUUGACUGACACUUAUUCAUUUAAAUCAUCUAUGUAUACUUUUGUGAACAUUAACUAAAAAUUGCACUUACAUUAUUAAAAUAGUUUUUUGGCUAGCUUACUAAGAGUGUGUAACAAUUCAAUUCUUUGAAUACUUCUACAAUCCACAACAUUUUUUAAAUUUUAUAUAUUAUGAUCUGGAAAUUAAUAAUUUUGAUAAAAAACUAAUAUGAUCCCCCAAACAUAGCUCAGGCUUCUGGCCACUAAUGUCAUGGAUCCACGGUCCACCCGCUGUUUUGGUCGCCCCACCUUGCGCUUCUAGCUGUUGGAGCUGUGCAAUUGGGCAGGGGAGAAUGGUGGGGCAAUAUCAAGUCCCACCCCACCUGAAUCUGAAUCUGAAGGUUUAUUGACAGCAGCUCCUAACAGCGUGGGUGUAGGAAGGAGCAGUCCUUCACUGUGGGAGGCUCUUUUGCCAUUGUCGGUUGUUCUACAUGGUAGCAUUAAUGGUGGGAGCAGUUCAGGCGAGAUAGGAGAAACAGAGCGAGGUCGCUUGAUCCUCCAUCGUACUUCCGUCUCGAUCCUUGGAACCUCUGACAUCUCCUGCCUUGGCUUACUAGGUCCCCGUUUGGUUGCACUGAAACUGCUGCUGGUUUUGUUACUAGAGCCGCUGUAAUUUGGCCAACCUCUCGCAUAUCUAAGGUUGCUGUAUCGCACUGGCUCUUUAGCCGGUAGGUAGAGUGUUGUCAACCUGUGAUGGCUCUUUGUUCCCCAAACCAUAAACAUCCUACCAAUACCUUAAGCAUCAAUUAUAACUCUCUUAUGAAAAUAAUUUUGUUUACAACUGUCUAACACACCUUAUUAACAGAUUUUAUUCCUUCAAACUCAGUGAAGAGCAGCGCAGAAUUGCUCUUUUUCUCCUAGAGAUCAAUCUCUUAAUAGUGUCUUCACAUUUUUUAAAAGUUGUUUUCCCAAUAGUUUUCUACUAAAAAUCAGUAUAUUCAGAUUCUAUCAUAAGUUUAAUAUAAUAACCAUUAAAAACAUAAAUUUUGUGUAAAUUUUGGCACUGGUGUACUGUGUAAAUAUGUUGAAUUUUGUACAUACAAAUUUAUUUAAGAUAUAUUUAUAAAUAUCUUUCCCCGCAUAAUGAUUGCUAACAAUGAAAACAAACCGAGAAUAUUCUAUGACAAAAGAAGUAUAAACUUUUAUUUUCUUUAAAAACAGAGUGAGGGGAGAUUCUUUCAUCAAAAUUUUCUCUUGUUAGGGAAGUUUAAUUAACACUGUACUCAUCUCACUAACUUGUACAUACUGUUAUAGCAUGUUUCUCCCUUCAGAUUAGUUUUCAAAAUAUGUUCUCUGGUACUUCAACUUAGUAACAUUUGUAAUUUCUCUAAAUGUUUAGCUUAACUUAUUCAAAAAAAGAAAAGUAUAUUAUAGAAAUGUUACUUUUUUUAAAUCCGUUCUAAGUUAAUUUUAAAAUAUAUUCUGGUAGUCUUUAGAUAUUUUGGUAUAACUUCACUUUAAAAAGUAUUCUAAACAUUAAAAAGGUAAUGUUGUAUGUUGAUUUUGUAAAUUGUUGUGAAAUUGCAUUUGUGCAUAUUUUAUAAAUUAGUUUGUGCUGAUAAUGCUUUCUUUUAGUAAAUCAUGUCUGGCAGCUAGUCAGUUGUAUUUUAAUGUUAUGUUUUUUACAGGUGACUUUUAUAUUUAUUUAUUGUGUUAUAUUCUUUGUACUAUGUAAUAAGUAUAAUUAAUGGAUAAUGAACUAUGUGAAUUUCACAAUGUAUGUUGUAGUCAAAUUUGCCAUUAAGGUAAAGGAACAAGGUUGUUACCACUGUGAAUUAGGCGAUUAUGGUUGUGUUAGAUUAUUUUGUAACAAAAUAGUAACUGAUUCGAUACCAUACAGGUUUUUUACUUAAAAUUUCUAAAAUUUGCUUAUUAUAUUUUCUCUUAAAAUAGUUCACUAUUUUGUUAACACUUUCGCUGUCGCCUCCUAUUUUUGACAACUUUCUUACACUGCCGCCCGUUUUCAUGUAAAAAAAAAAAUGUAUAACCAAAACUAUGGAACUUGCAUUUUCUUAAAGCUGAGUUCUUCCUCUUUCUAUGCAAAUGCUUAUGCAUAGAUAUUUUCAAACAGAAAGGCUUGUUUUAAAACUUAAAAACAUCAUGUUUUUUGUACAAAAUAAAAAGUUUACCAAAAACAUCACCAUGUGUACAUAACAUAAAUCUAUAACAUAAUCUAUAACAUAAAUAUAUUUCUCAUUAUUAUUUGCUGUAUUCAGCAUUGUUAUUACUGUCAUUAUAGCCACACAUAUUUACAAUUGAAAAUGUCUUGAAACAUGGUUCUUUGCGCAUGGCAAUUUUGCACUCACUAAUGUCUUUUCUUGCAGCCUUGCCUCAUCGUUUUUUAGUUAUCAAAGAGUAUAAUGAAGGUUUUUUUUAUUUUGUUUAUAUUUGUUAUUUGAGUCAAAAAAAAAAAUAAUGUCAUCAAAUUACUUGCAUCUCCAAAAAGUCUAUAGGUAAUAAAAUCAGAAUCAUUAUCUACGUGAUCUUGGAAUAAAUCAUCACUUUCACUGUCACUUGAAAAUCUCUUCUAUCACUUGAUUGUCUUCAAUACUGUCAUGAUUCAUUGUAUUUACUCACAAAACAAUUGUAGUAAACUAAAAUAAUAGCAAGCAAAACAAUAACAAUGCAGACGACGCAUUAGCAGAAUGAGAACAAACGGCCGACACGAUGAUGAGUCCAUAAACAAAUAACUUUUUUCUGAUAUUCAUAAUCAUAAUCAUUCAUUUCAUAGAUCAUAAUCCAUAGAGUACGAAAUAAACAUGGAAAUAGCGAAUGACUAUCAAUGCCACAGUCUAAAUUCGUUUAAAUGCAUUUUUAUUACUGUAAAAGUCAGCACCGUUAAAAUGACGUUGUCGAUAGUGAAAGUGUUAAAUGAUUACUAUAAAUUUACUACAUAACUGCAAAAUAAAUAUUUUUUAAUAUAAGACUUUUUGUAAUAAAAGAUAUGUCACCAAUGUUUCUCCUAAAAAUGGGAAUGCAUGCCAGUUUAACAAAAGAGAUUGUUCCAUUUGUUUACUGAAUAAACUAGAGUCUUCAGAAGAUCCUGAAUCAGGUGCUGGCACCACCUAGUGAAGUGUUUAUUCUUCUAUCAUCCAGCAAGAAGACGAAGAUGUAUAAAAUAACCAAUUUUUCCAACUUACUUUUCAUCUUCUGUGCAUCACAAUGACCUCUCUCGUUUUCCCCCAUCAACAACAUAUUAAUUUCCAUAAUUAAUAUGGCCAUAUCUUGUUAAUCCAUGUAUAUGAAUCAGGUUGUUAAAACUUUCAAAAAUAUAACUGUCUGGAACAAUUCUGUCUUUCCACAAUUUCAUAUAUGGAUCCUUAUAAAGAAUUGGACUGUGAAUACUUACUAAUAAUUUUGUCAUAAUUUUAUGGAAAACUGUAAAUUGAAUCUGAUGUUACACUUUACUACCUAUUCCUAUUAUGGGCCAAAUAAAAUCUUAAAACCUAUCAAGGUAAUGUAUUCACUGAAAUAACGAUAUAGAAAAAAACAGAAUGUAAAUGGAAAACAUAGUAAUGAUUGUGCACUUAAGGAUGCAUUGUGUAGUGUAUUUUGCAUCAAGUUCGUGCAAUUCUUUAUAUGAAAAUGCCACUCAACAUUAACUGCAAAUCUGCAUUUGUCCACUGAAAAUAUUUAAUAAUCCAGGAAGGAGUGGUUGAAUUAGGUUAAAACUAAAAUUGUUUUUUCUAUGAAUUUUAAAUGAGAUAUAUAUUUUGUUGUAAUUAAUAAAACUAGGUUCCUGUUCAAAAUAUUGUUGUUUUAAAAAAUGUAUUAAUGUAAACUCGUUAUAGAAUUAUAACUUACAAAUCGUUAACAGUAUAAUAGCAACUAAUUGUUUUGCUAGUUAAUUUGUAUCUUUUCUUUGCCAUUGUUCUGUGAAACGUUUAGUAUUAGUGCAAACAACAGUUAUUUAAAAAGAGUGUGCUGGAUAUUCUUUGUUUGUUAUAACCAACAUUAAAAUUUAUCUAGAAUCAGGUUUGCUAACUGUUUAUAUAAUCAUUAUUUUAAAAUAUCCUUUGUUAAAUAUUCUUUGUUUUGCUUUCUUCCCCAUGAGAAUUAUUGAAGAAAGUAAGGUUAUUUAGAAAUGUCACUUAAAUUAUAUGUUUUGGAAUCUCUUAAGUUGAAAAGAGAGUCUCACAAGACUCACUUAUGUGUAAGAUGGAAUAACUAAUUUUAUACAAUUACUAAACUUAUAUAUUUAGUAGCCUAUAGUUAUACUAAAAUUUAAAUGUCUUAAAAUUGUUAGUUAUUUGUGACUAAAGAGUUAGUAAUGCACUAAUAAUUUUUACCAUUUAAAAACAUUGGCGUUAUAAGGCAGGGUUGCAUCAACAAACAGAUUUAAAGCUGACAAAAAAUAUAUUGUACUAAGUACAUUUUUUAACACUGCUACUUUUUAUUCAGUUUGUUAUUAGACUUCAUUAAUUUAUUUUUUAUCUAAAUGCAUAUUAAACUCAAAAUAUAUUUUAAAUUCUUAGUGAAUCAACAAUGUAUUUCAUUUUGAUAAUUUAUCAUGUAAAAACCUAGAAGAAGUAUGAAUGUUUCACUUAAUCUUUAUAUAAAAUUUUUUAACAAAGAGUAUUCAGUGUCUUUAGGUGUAAUUUUAUAAAAUUGGUCUUAGGCCAUAACUGUAUCUACCAUGUAGGCCGGGUUUGGUGCCUUCUUAGCUGUAGUCUCAGACCUGAGCUCCUGCUUACACGCGUCGCACGCCUUCGCCCUUGUACAGUACGAGUGGUAUGGAAGACUGACUUUCAACAUAACGUUUAACGUUAUCUAUGUUGAGUAUGGAACUACUGUUUAAAUAAUACUGUUUGAUGCAUUGCUUGCUCUGAGCAACAGUAAAAACUAGCUCAGGCAUUUUAAGAAACACUUCAAUGUUGACUUUAGUUGUGUAAAAUACUGGUUAAUUUUUUUGUGUAAUCAAAACUAUGUGUUGCAUAAUAUACUCAAUGGUUAGUUCUGAGCUAAUAACUACAGGUCACCAGAUCAGUUCUGCCGCAAGUUGAAUUGGUAGAUAUUUUUUAGUUAUAAAUCCAUAACCCUUUAAUUAGCAAAAUGUUUUAUUUCAAACCUGAAAAAUUUGUUAUAUCUUUAAAAUAUAUUACAGCCACUGGUAGUAUUUGAAUCAUACUUUCUGCUGUAGUAAAAAUCUGAAUUCUACAGUUAUCAAAGUAACGUACAGAGUAAGCAGUCAAAAGUAUUACUUAAACUUAUGAUUAUGUAAUUGUGUUCAGUUUACUUUUAAUACCUUACUGAAAUUUGUUACUUUUUCAGUUGUUUUUAUCAUAAUUGUUUGAAUGUUCUUAGUAAUUUUUAAUUUUAUAACUUUUGAUUUUUUUACAUGUUAAUAUAUCUCGCAAUUUUAUUGUUGCUUUAUUCCGUUAUUAUUGUGUUCAUCAGACAUUCCGAAUAAUUUGUGAGAAAGACAAGCGUAUUUGUUGUUAUUGCAACAGUAUUUUGGGAGGUUAUAUAUACGUGAUUAUAGUACAUAAUUUAUUGUUGUGCUUUUAGAUUUGGUCAGCGCCUUUUUAAAGAAGUUUUAGCUUUAUUAAAUAUUUGUAACAUUAUGUAAUCGUUAAUUUAAGCAAAUUUUGAUUGCAAUUCAAUUUACAGUAUUAAGGUAAGUAUGACCAGAGCGCUAAUAACUGUAUUUUUUGCAUUUUAUUGUUAUUAUUUAUUUAAUUUUUGUUUGUUGUUUAUAGUUAUUGUUAUUAAAUGUGUACCUACUACUUCCAACUGUAUAAUUUUGUUGAAUAAAAGUUCUCUAAAUCUUUCA